CGUCAUUUUUCUCCUAUGGAAAAAGAACGGUAUGUACGAAGUAAGCAUGCACGCUCCCGUGGUUCGCCAAGCGAGCGCACACAACCUUGAUCUGCAAUUUUUUUGAUAUCUCGUUGAUUUGCAGCAUUGUUGGGCAUGGCCCAGUGAAGGUAUCCUUAUUUUUUAGUAUACCCCUCCCGCAGUGAUCACAAUAACGAAGACCGUUCUUUUGGUUUGAUAACCUGAAGAGGCGAUGUCACCACGUUAUGAAAGAGUCUACCAGAAGAAAUGCUCCAAUCAAUCAUCAAUUAAAAUUGAUCGUUUCGCUGGCUUGAUAAAAUCAUUGUCGUGACGAGUCUUGGUCUAGUAACUCAAUUUCACAUUUUUUCUUGCUGGUUUGUGAAACUACUGAUCUUUCCAGAUACAUGAAUAUCAUCUGAACAAAUUGACAGAAAAAAGACUCGUACCACACAAUAGAAAUCCCCGACAUGUCAGCUUAUGCAUUGCCGGGUUUAUUCCCACCGAUCGACAAGGUAUCAGAAGCCAAAGAAGUGAAUGAACCGGAUGCAUCGUUCUCGGAUGGCGGAAAUGAGGGAGACAGCUCAUGUGCGAACGCUCACGAGUCAUCAAGUGACAAAAACUUGCCAUUGCAUCACCAAAAGGGAAACUGCAGCAAUUACAGUACUCUCUAUGGAGCAGACUGCGGUAACUCUUCUCCUUCAUCGUCAAACAUUGGCUGUCUUCUGAGUUCUGCGGCAAUUGCCGUGAAGGAAGCUAAAAUAGACCCAAUCCGGUGGAUUCAAUUUGUAACGGGGUCGUAUCCACAACAAUAUGCAAAACAGAUCGGGAAAACCCUUCGAAGGAGAGUUUCAGGUAGUAGCGGAUCCUCGCAAUUAUCUCCAGUAGGUAGGACGGCUUCAAUCCGAACACGUCGUGAUCCUUCAAAGGGAUCAAAACAUUGCACUAGCAGUUCAAACAGCAUUAGCAACAAUAAGAAAAGCCCCCAAAAUGAAGCGAUCGAAUUCGAACUGGCUAUUACUCUGAACGGACGCAGAUAUACAGCUAAAAGAACUAUGCAAUGCAUUGUGCAACUUAGAGAUGAUUUGAUAAGAGAAAUGAAACGCAGGAGGGAAUGGUUGACGGAAAGCCAAGCCAUGCCAUCGCUACAGCUACCUUACGAAAGUAAUGUGCACUCUUUUUACACAACUCCUCCUCACAGCAUCAGUACUCCCAUCACAACAAAACCAGAACCAACAAAAAAGCACUGUUACGCUGUAUCAAUUCCAGAAAUACCUCCUUUAAGUGGAUGCGAUGAUCGUGAUAUCGGAAUUGUGGGAAGAGGCUUUACAAUGCUCCAUCAAAUGGUUACAUCGUACGUUCCUGUGAUGGAAAGCUGGUUAAAGAACGUCAUGGAAAUCGUUCCUCAGGACAGCGAAUGUCUCAUGAAUUUUUUGUGGGAACCUGCAACAGAAAUCCCCUCUGAUACUUGCAAGAGUGUCUCGGACAGCAUUAACAACAACAAUCUCACCGGCACAUUAAACAAGUUCAAGCCUAGCUCAAGCAUGGCGACCUUGUGCUCUAUCAAAGAAAUGGAUUACGACAUGGAAGACGACGAUUCAGAUGACGAAGAUGCUGCCUUCUCCGACAAGUGGAAAAAUUAGGUUGGGAGAGCGGAUAUCUCUGGUGUUUGUAGCUAUUCUGGACUACUUGAGUUGUAAACGAAAGAAUAACCGACAUAUUUUAAC